AUGGACGACGAUACUGAAGAUAAUGAUGUAUAUACUUUUGAGCUUAUGCGAAAUAUUGAGAAAGAAAUCGAAAAUGAAGUUAGAGAUCUUACUGAUCAGAAUAGUGAUAAAGAUAAAAUUUUUGACAAAACAGAAGAAAAUACUGAUGAUGAAGCUGAAGAGGAGACUAAUUUGGUGGAAGAAUCACUUGAAAUGGGUCAAAAUUUACAUACACAGAAAAAAAUAGCAAUGAUUCAGUCAGGAUUACAGGAGGAUCAAGAUUUACAAAGAUCAUUUUAUGUUACAAAAAAAUUUGACUUACCCAUUGAAUGA